UAUGGCGAAAAAUUGUUGAACAUUUUACAUUUUACUAUGCCAUUGCCGGCGAAUUUUACGAUUAUUCAAGGGUAAUGCAAGAGGACACGCGUAUCAGUUUAUUGGUAAGAUAUUGUUUUUAAUGAAAGCACAUUAAAUCACACGAAAUUAAUUAUUGAUUUGUAGAUAUUGUACAAUAUUAUUCACCUUGUGUCCCUAGUCUGUGUGUUUAUAUUUUAGCUGUCUGGUGUAAAAUUCGCAGCAAGCGCAGAAAUAAGGUUAGUGUAUUCUUAGUAACAAUUAAUUUGUUAACAAUGGUUUAUCGGAUUGUGUUUGGACUUGUUUAUUAGUAAAUCGUUUUAAAAAUACAAGAUUAUACAUGUGUAGACUAUAUACACAUAUGCUGUAUGCACGAUCUCAUGACAUUGGUUAAUUGAUUUCAUAUAUUAAAACCCGCAUUGAAUGCACUAAAAGAAGGUCUUAAGAUACAAUUUUUUUUACAGUAUAAAUUUAUGAGGAUCUGUACCAAUUUCCCGUGUUUAAGGUCGAUUCACUUUCGUAUUAAAAGCAAACUAUAUUUGUUCUCCAUAGUGUACAUUCUGAUGGCGAGUUGUUUACUUAAAAAAUUGUACAUCAGUGCAUUAAUAUCAGCUCAAAUCCACUUGGAAAAUAUUUAACAUUCUUUUUGAGACUACAAUGUGUUUUGCCGUUUGCCCUUAUUAAAUCUUGCUGCGUUUAAUGGCUAAAUUAUUGCAUUUUUUAAUGUCUGGGAAUCGUCAACACGGAAGUCUUGAAGGGCUAGACAUACUACAAAUCUUGUUGUUUCUAGGUUUUUAAGAGGAAAAAUGCUCAAAUUAUAAAAGUAAUUGCUUAAUAUCUAAUAUCCUGUACAAAAACAGGUAGUUCUGAGCGGGUAGCAUCCCGAAAAUGCUUGGCUAAUAGCCAAUAUAUACUGUAAAUUUUCGAUUUUCAAAAGCACUACCGCACAUAUAUAUUAAAAAUUGUACAUUCUACUAUUGUAUUGUUUAUUUAUUUUCAUGACAAAUGCAUAGUUUUCCCGUUCUAAAGAUGAUAUAUAAGCAAUAUUUUUUCAUAUUAUUUGAAUAUCUCGUUUGAUAUAAUUAGUGUUGCAACUAUUUUUCUUGCUAAAGGUUUAUGUUCAAUAUAUUAAACAACUUUCACUCUCUUAAUGUAACUUUCUUUUUUAAACUUAUUUUGACUUCCUGUUGUUGUAACUUAUUUCAGCUUCCCUUCACAGCAUGACUGCUUGCAUGACUCAUGUUUUCGUCUGCAGUGUUAUUAACCAUUAAGUAUGCAUUGUGCCCCGAUGUCCCUAUUCUAUUAUUUACUCUGUGUAAUGCCAGACGAAAUCUUUAAAACCCUGUACAGUACAGAUGAGAGAGUUUUACUUGUUCAUGUAAUAGGAGCCUUGUUCAAAAGCCAGACAGUCAUGUCAGCAUUUGUCAAGGAAUUUGUGAGCUAGGAAAACCUGUCUGAACAUAUGGGGCUUACAGUAACACUUAUUGGCUGGGACUCAUGGACACAGCAUGUUUUGUGGACUUGAGAUUGCGAAUGUUUAUACUUUGCCUUGGAAAACAUUUGGUAGUCGAGCGUCUACAAAACAAUACGGUUUUCCAAAAACCACAGUCAAUAAGUAUUUUUUAUGUAUCAAGGGUCAAUUAGAAAACAAAAAAAACCCCGAACUAUUAUAUUAUUCACCGGUGGAUAAAAAUGUUGGCCUUUUGUGCGUAGCGAACUUUGACACAUACUAGCUUGGUAUAUAAUAAUACAGUGUGUCUGUUCUAUCAUAUUGUAAUCAUGAAGCUAGGUCUUCAAUUAAUACGACUAUGUAGAGCAAGUGACAUGGGUCACAUAAAGCCUUAUAAGCAUUAAACCAGAGAAUACUAUUCUGGAAGCAUUUUCUGAAAGUGACCAAACUUGCAAACAUAAUGUGUCCUAUAGUAGAUGGACAGGCCAGGAAAUAUUGUUUCUUAGCCAUCUUUCCCAAAUGUAGAAACCAAGGAAUAUAUAGUGCAUGCUUUCCUAUAGCCAUGUUUCUCAAAGGGUGGGAAAACUAGGAAACAUUGUUUUCACGCUAGUCAUAUUUGCUGCCGCUCAAUGGGUUAUGAAACUCAUAGACCAGUCUAGACAUUCCAAAGUCCUUUCCAGACCCUUCUAUGGCACCAGUCCCUAAUUAAUGUUCUCUCAAAUUUAGGUGAACUUGGCUUAUUACACUUGUUUAUGAAAAAAUGCAGAAAGCCAACAGUACUGGAAAACUGGCGACGGGUGAAAAUGUGAAUAAAAUUAAAAGCAUUUACGAAAGUCUGAGCUCAAGUGAUUUGAAACCAGUUAAACCUGAAAAUCUCGAUGUUAAACCUGCCCUGAAACCUGUCAAACCUGACAAACUAAUUGGUAUGAAAGAAGUGAAACCGGAACAAGCCAGUAAUCGGCCUCCCAAGACGCCUCCAAAACCUGUUCCGCCACCAAAACCAACCUUUAAAAAGGACGGUCAAAAGAGUCGCAGUAACAGCCACGAGUCGAGUCUGCCCGACAUUGCCCCAAAACCAAAACGUGGAGUGUCGAGUGCGUCAAGCAACAAGAGUGAAGAGAGUCAAGCAGAGAAUGGUGAACCAGAGAAUGAUGAACCAGAGAAUGAUGAACCAGUGAAUGGUCAUCAACAGAAUGGUUAUCACAAUGGUAUGUGCAUCAGACCUACCAAGUCUCCCGUUGAGCUCAUGUUUAUUGUCAGCUCGCACCACACACAGAAAAAUCACAAAUAUUGUAAUCUCCCUCAUUUCAUAUGCACCACACCUUGGGCAUUGACUGUAAUAUCGUCAGAUUAUAUACCAUUAAAUGUCAGACUGUCAGCAAUCUUGUAUCCAGAGUAUAUGCCUGUUCGCGGGUUAGGUGCUGGGCAUGACCUAACCUGCGAACAGGCAUAUUCUGGGUACAAGAUUGGACUGUCAGUAACUCCAGACGAAGGGCCUUUUGCUCGAAACAUCGAAAUUCUCCUUGUAUAUUUUUCAGGUAGUUGCAUAUCCCUACCAACAAUUUAAGCUUGUUCAUGCCAUUAAAUAACCCAAUUGUUUAACCCAUUAAGCUGUACAGCACCCGGCCUGAUGUCUAAUGCGAGACAAUUUUACUUGUCAAGGGAGAGUGCUGAUGCUCAAAUUGUUUUAAUCAGGCUAUCUGCCCAUGUGUCUAGUUAACCCAUUAAGCUUGCAUAUAGCAUUCUGAUGUGCCCUACUUUAUUAUUUAGAUUGGUUUUACAUGUUAAAGGGGAGUGCUGCCACUCAAUGGGGUAACCAAAAAAUCUGACAAUGUGCCUAGUUAACACAUCAACCCAUUGCUGCAAUGCACCUGAACACACUAUACUCAAGAUCAUUACUAUAGGGGUGCGUGGGGGGUGACACCCUCCCCUCCAAAAAAAAGUCUUGUCAGCAAAAUAAUGGAUUUGUCGGCAAAUUGUUUUCAGUAGUCAGCGGAAGUAUUUGAGUGGCUCUGAUUAAAAAGCUAUAUAGUUAUAAAAAAAUUUGAUAAAUUUUAGGAAAUUAUGAAAAAUGGAAAAUUAUUGAAAUCAAUCAGGUGGUUGGUCAGAUGGUUUGUCAAUAUCUGUCAGUAUUGCAGUCAGCCAAUCAGUCUGUGGUUUUUUUACUGUGUUCCAGGUAAUGAAUAUCAAGAAGUUGGGGUUAAUGAGGAGAAACCAGCAGUAGAUAUGGAUGCAGAUAGGAUAGAAGAUGAUGAAGAGGAGGAUGUGGAAGGAUGUGAUUCGGAUGAAUUUGACGAAAGUGAAAAUGACAGCGAUGAACGGGAGGAAACUCUCCCAAACAAACGACAAAGCAGAAUUAUUUUUGGUGAAUUACUUGAUAUUCCUGACCUGGUAAGCUGCUUGCCUGCUUUGGGUGUUAUCCCAUUCUAUUUCAUGUCAGUCUGUUGCAUUUCAUUAUGUUUGCUAUUCUAUUACAUUCAAUUUUAUUCCAUUCUAUUCAUUGGAUUAUUCCAGCAUAGACGAAAUUUUGAUCUAGACAAGAAGAACAAAUCCAUUACCAUAGCUGGAAAGAGCAUCUUAAAAUGAGUAAAAUUGCAAAGUUUGGUUGCGAAUUGUUGUAAAAUGAGGAAAAUAUAGCCCUGUGAAGUUCGCAAAUUUUGUAUAUAUUUGUAUUACGCGCGGGAAAAAUAACCAUUUUUGAGCCGAAAGUGGUUAUUUUUACCGCGCGUAAUACAUAGAGAAUAAUACAUGGGUGCGCGGAAAUACCAGAUUUAUUUGGAGUGUUGAACAUGAUAUCUCACGAGUGAGCGCAGCGAACAAGUGAGAUAUUAUAUUCGACACAAGAAAUAAAUCUGGUAUUUCCAAGCACCCAUGUAUUUUUCUGUUUAUUAUAUAAACAAAAUUUAGUGAAAAACAAUAAAACGUCCGUGGCAAUGCGUUUUACAACAAAUGAUAUUUUCACACGUAAAAAUAUCAUAUUUUUUACGUGUGUUUAAAUACGAUUUUUCUCAGUGGCCAAAAACUCUAUAUAACACUUAUUUUUAUAUAAUAAAAAUAUAUACAAAAUUUGCGAACUUCACAGGGCCAUAUUUUCUUCAUUUUACUACAUUUAGCAAGCAAUCUUUGCAGUUUUACUCAUUCUAAGACGCUCUUUCUAGCUGUGGUGUUGGAUUUCGUUCUUCUUGCCUUGAUCAAAAUUUAGUGUAGAGCUGGAAUCACACAUUCAAUUAUAUUCUUUUCCUUUCCUUUCUCUUCUAUUCCAUUGUAUUCCUUUCCAUUCAAUUAUAUUCUUUUCCUUUCCUUUCUCUUCUAUUCCAUUGUAUUCCUUUCCAUUCAAUUAUAUUCUUUUCCUUUCCUUUCUCUUCUAUUCCAUUGUAUUCCUUUCCAUUCAAUUAUAUUCUUUUCCUUUCCUUUCUCUUCUAUUCCAUUGUAUUCCUUUCCAUUCAAUUAUAUUCUUUUCCUUUCCUUUCUCUUCUAUUCCAUUAAUUGUAUUCCUUUCCAUUCAAUUAUAUUCUUUUCUUUUCCUUUCUCUUCUAUUCCAUUGUAUUCCUUUCCAUUCAAUUAUAUUCCUUUCCUUUCUCUUCUAUUCCAUUGUAUUCCUUUCCAUUCAAUUAUAUUCUUUUCCUUUCCUUUCUCUUCUAUUCCAUUAAUUGUAUUCCUUUCCAUUCAAUUAUAUUCUUUUCCUUUCCUUUCUCUUCUAUUCCAUUGUAUUCCUUUCCAUUCAAUUCUAUUCUUUUCCUUUCCUUUCUCUUCUAUUCCAUUGUAUUCCUUUCCAUUCAAUUAUAUUCUUUUCCUUUCCUUUCUCUUCUAUUCCAUUGUAUUCCUUUCCAUUCAAUUCUAUUCUUUUCCUUUCCUUUCUCUUCUAUUCCAUUGUAUUCCUUUCCAUUCAAUUAUAUUCUUUUCUUUUCCUUUCUCUUCUAUUCCAUUGUAUUCCUUUCCAUUCAAUUCUAUUCUUUUCCUUUCUCUUCUAUUCCAUUGUAUUCCUUUCCAUUCAAUUCUAUUCUUUUCCUUUCUCUUCUAUUCCAUUGUAUUCCAUUGUAUUCUAUUAUAUGAAAAAAUAUUCCCUUUUAUUUCUUCAGGACUUUCUUGAUCCGCGUAGGAAAAAAUUGUUCAAUAUUGCCAAAGAAAUUUUGACCACAGAAGUAACGUAAGUUGCGUUUAAUGUGUGAUGUUCAAGGCAUUUAACCGGUUGAAAGUAGGUUGUUGUGUGUGUAUAAACAUAUAUUGUUGAAUGUUGUUGUUAUUGUUAUUGUUAUUAAUUAUGAUGGUAGAUGAUGAUCAAUAAAUGUUGUUACCGUUCUUAAUUGUUGUAGCCUGAGUGUCAGACGAAUAACGAGGCUAUUCUUGUUGAUGAAUGAAAAAUUAUAAAUUAUUGGAAAAUUUUCCUUCCAGUUCGAUGCAAGCUCUCUGGAGUCCCAAAUGUUGAAUUGUUAACAGGCGCCUAUUGAAUAGUUAAUGAUGCAUUAUUAAAAUGUCUGCUUUUCAAAUUAAGAAUGUAUUUUUGGCCUUUAUGGUACAAACUUAUCACACGUAUUAAAACAGCGUCAAACCCGAGGCUGCGGUGUUUUAUAAAUGUUGCGUUUGAAAAAUCUUUUUUUAUUUCUUUAGGUAUGUCAAAACACUCAAACUUCUGGACGAGGUAUGUGGAUGGACUUUGAAAACGAAAAAGUAGCUUAGUACCUCUGGCUCUGAUAAUUUAGCUUAUCCACGUAUCAAUGUAAAUUCGUGUACGAACAAAGGAAUGGGAAUUUGUCUUGGCUGCGUCCCGUCCCUCGGAAAUUUGAACAUCCAUAUUAUUGACAUCGUGACAUUUGAUUGAAAUUAAAACUGCUUUCGUUAAAGACAAUGACUUUACACAAACUGUGUUGAAUCAUUGUCUUUCAAAACAUGGUUUGGAAACUCCGCUAAAGUCUUUGUUCUAUCUUUUUGUUCGCGUUUAUGCAGUCAGUUUGUGCACGGUGCACGGUCAAUGAACACAUUGUAUUUCAGUAUAAUGAACGAAUCAUCCAAUAGCAACGUUUCUUUUCAGUCAUUCAACUAUGCUAUUUAAAUAUUAAUAAACCUACAACAAAGGAUGUGCACGGUGUAAGGAACGGCUCAACAUAAACUCCCAGCUCAUUAUAACCGCUUUGAAGUUUACUGAGUUUCCAGACCAUGUCUCGAAAGACUAUGGUUGAAUGCUGGCAAUGUUGAUAAAUUAUUAAUACUAAAUCGUGUGUUUGCCAUGAACAAUUUAAACUUUUUAAGCUUAAGCUUGGUCACUAACAUUGAGACGUCUUGAAAAGUAAAUGCCCUUAGGCCAAAAAAAAAUAUGUGGGUUUCCAAUUUCUUCGUAUAAAAACUUAGGUAGGGUAGGUCGGUUUUAACUUCUUUUUUUUUAACUUUUUUAAUUUUCCGAACAAGCGGACGCCAUUUUGUUUAGUCAGUGCUUCCACUUCCAAAGAUAAAUUUUCCUAAUAUUGCCUCAAAUUUCAAUUUUCCACAAACUUUUUCCUCUAAGUGGAAACACUUACAAGCAUGAUCCAAUAAAAAAGUUUAGGGUCGGGAUUUCGACGUCCAAAAGCUAGGUAGGGUCGGGAAACCGGAAACCCACAUAUUUUUUUUUUUGCCUUACAACAUUUAUCGAAGUCAUGCUCAGAACUGUACAAAUGUGUGUUUGUUUAGGUAUUUCACUUCAGACUCGAGAAUGAAUGUCGUGCAAAAGGUGUCGUACCCAAAGAAGCUUUGUUAGAAAUAUUUUCAAAUAUCACAACCAUCAACCAAUUUCAUCGAGAUUUCCUCUUGCCAAAACUCGAGGAACGAAUGAAGAACUGGUUAGUCUAUGCUGCGAUAGAGGAUAGAGCGGUCAUUCCGUGUCGUGUUUGAUUGUAGUAAAAAAAACACGUUCUUUUACUUGUCUAGGGACACGAUGCCCAAAGUCGGCGAUAUUUUCAACUAUCUAGCGCCUUUUCUCAAGGUACGUUUAAUAGAAUGGAAUGCAAUGUAAUGGAAUAUAAUGGAAUGGAAUAAAAUGAAAUGGGAUAGAAUGAAAUGGGAUAGAAUAGAAUAGCACAGAAUAGAAUAGAAUAGAAUAGAAUAGAAUAGAAUAGAAUAGAAUGAAUAGAAUAGCACAGAAUAGAAUAGCACAGCACAGAAUAUAAUAGAAUAGAAUAGCACAGAAUAGAAUAGAAUAGCACAGAAUAGCACAAAAUAGAAUAGAAUAGCACAAAAUAGAAUAGAAUAGAAUAGCACAGAAUAGAAUAGCACAGAAUAGAAUAGCACAUAAUAGAAUAGCACAGAAUAGAAUAGAAUAGCACAGAAUAGAAUAGAAUAGAAUAGCACAGAAUAGAAUAGAAUAGAAUAAUGGACAAUAGAACAGAAUACUACAGCUAUCAAUUUUUAUUCAACAAUAUCCAGAUGUAUGCUGAAUACGUGAAAAAUUUUGAUCAAGCAAUGACCAGUUUAUCGAAGUGGAAACUAAAAAGUCCAAAAUUUGCUGCAGUAAUAGAAGAUAUUCAGGUACUACAAAAUAGAACAUUGACCAGAUUUAUAUCAAUAGGAAAAAAGAUUGUAAAUGGACCAUUUGCAUUAUAGACUAAAUUUUGAUCUAGACAAAAAUUUCAUCACAGCUUGAAAGAGCAUCACAAAAUUAGUAAUAUUCC